CACUCAGGAAGGAAUGUAAAAUGUCCGUGUGACGUCAAAGGACCCCCAAAAAAAGUUCAAUGCCAAGUUUAGUCAGUGGUUUAGGAGGCUCACAAUGAACAUGCUGAUAGCGUGCGUUAAUUCUGUUUGCACAUAUGUAAUGCGAUGCUUGGCCAGUCAUGGACUGAGUCACUGCCAUAAAACCUCUAUAUAGGCGCAGAAUUAGGUCGGGGAUUAUAUGCAUUACGUUGGACCAACUCGAUUUACAAGCAGAAGAAAAUGAGUAAACAAGACUCAAUAGCAUCCUGUUUGGCCAAAAUCUACGAAAGCAAAUUGGAGUCGACUAAGGGGCCCGGGAGCCUGGUCAGCAAAUCCCCGGCUCCUGUCAACAGUAUGGAGAAGAAGCUGAACCUUCUCAAUGAGAAAGUGGACAAGCUAUUACAUUUCCAAGAAGAUGUAAUGGGAAAACUGGAGACUGUGUACCAUGGCAUAGAUUCUGUGGAAAGAGGAAUUGACAAAUUAUCAGUAUUUCAUGGGCCAGUUCACCCAAAUGUGCCUGAAAUCCAAGUGGAUCUCAGGGAUAAAAGCAAGGAGGUGAGAGAAAACGACGCCAGCUCGGAGCUGGUUCAACUACUCAAAAGAAUUCACGAGAAUUCGGUGAUUCACCGGGAGAAACUGGACAGCCUAGAAAAAAUGGUCUCCACAAUGGACAAAGUGGUGGAAUUUGUGGGAAACACACUGAGAAACUCUAAAAUCCUGGAUUUCAUUCUAAAGGGUGCAGUGCCCUGGAGAAAGGAGACGGAAGUGGAGGCUAAGGACAAUUCUGAAGAGAAAGAACCUAAAACGCAGAAUGCAGUCGGCAGCAGAGGGGUGAAGGUUGACGUCAAGAGCCCAGAUGGAGACUCCAAAACAACCGGUGCAUUAGGAGACAGGGGUUUAAAGCAGAAGACAGCCCUGAGAGGGGGUUCUCAAACUAAAGUGCAGUCCACAGGCCAAGGACAAGUCCAGGAAGAAUCCAAACAUGGAUGUGCAGUGCGUGGGAAAAAUGCGGCAGCAGAAAGAUCUGUAGAGAAAGCUGCCGGCAACAAUCCACCAGUCCUGUAUCAGCAGCCAGUCUCCAGCCACGGCAUAGACCACGGCAGCCGGCAGGAAGAACACUGUAAGCAGGCAGGAAACCAUGAGGAAAGCAGCAGCUCUCACAUUCAAUGCCCCAUCCCCUCGGCAUCGCCCGCAACAAACGAGUCAGUCUGUUUGGAGCAGCCUGCCAGGGAAGGCUCUUGUGCAAGGAAAUUCAAAACAUCUGAAGUAGGUGAGGAGAACCAGAAGAGGAACCCUCACGGUUGCACGGUGUCAGAACAGGGACAAUUACAGGACAAAGUUAAACCCAAACCAGGGGUUCAGAGAACAGACAAUGUUAUAAGUGAGGAAAAACAACCCUCACAAAAAGCUGGGAAACCUAAGGCAUCCUGCAACAAAAACAAAAAGUCUUCCAAGAGUCUGGAGACUCCCGUAACAGACCAAGCCGGAGACCCGGAGAAAGGCGAGGUACCGAGCGCACAGCGCAGUGCAAAAGAUGGGGCGAGACCUCAGAAAGGAGAGUCACCGAACGAGGAAUUAGCCACGGAUCAGCCACAUGGAUCUACAGGAACGGCUGACCCAUCCGCACAGCCAGAGACGCCCUCCUUACACGUCAUCGAUGACUGUCCUCCGCCGCCUGCACCAUUCAACCACCGGAUAGUGACGAUCAAGCAAGCCAUCUUGUCAUCAUGUUACACCGUGUGCCAGCACGAGGUCUUAGGAGGGGGCCGCUUUGGUCAAGUUCACAAAUGUGUAGAAAAGACAUCUGGGCUCCGACUUGCAGCGAAAAUGAUCAGAGUGAAAGGACCCAAAGACAGGGAUGAAGUGAAAAACGAAAUUAAUAUCAUGAACCAUUUGAAUCAUGUGAACCUGAUCCAACUCUAUGAUGCCUUUGAAUGCAAGAAUGACCUGACCUUGAUAAUGGAAUGUCUCGACGGCGGUGAACUCUUUGAUCGCAUCACGGAUGAAAACUACAGUUUGACCGAGCUGGAUGCAAUAAUGUUCACCAAGCAGAUCUGUGAAGGAGUAUACUACCUGCACCAGCAAUACAUCCUUCAUUUAGAUCUGAAGCCAGAGAAUAUUCUUUGUGUAAGUCGCACUGGCAACCAAAUCAAAAUCAUUGACUUUGGGCUGGCGAGAAGAUACAAGCCUCGGGAGAAGCUGAGAGUGAAUUUUGGGACCCCAGAAUUUCUAGCCCCAGAAGUUGUGAAUUAUGAUUUUGUGUCAUUUCCAACAGACAUGUGGAGCGUGGGGGUUAUCACAUACAUGUUACUCAGCGGUUUGUCCCCAUUUCUGGGUGAAAGCGACGCAGAAACGAUGAAUUAUAUUGUCAACUGUAACUGGGACUUUGACUCAGAGACGUUUGAGCAAGUGUCAGAAGAGGCCAAGGACUUUAUCAGCAGACUUUUGUUGAAAGAAAAGAGCUGCCGGUUAAGUGCCGGGCAAUGCCUGAAACACGAAUGGUUGGUCAGCCUGCCUUUAAAAGCCAAAAAAUACAACAUCCGUCUGAAGUCUCAGGUGUUGCUUCAGAGGUACCUAAUGCAGAAGAAAUGGAAAAAACACUUUUACGUGGUGACAGCGGCCAACCGCCUUAGGAAGUUCCAGCUUCUCUCCCUCAAACCCUCAUAGAAACCGACCUCCAACUCAAUGUACUCAGGAUGUCCGGCUUGGUGCUACUCGGAGCGACUCCUCGACAGCCAACGCUGCUCUAAGAAUCGGACAUCAUGCGGACAGCAACGCAUAACCGGGGUCUGAGUGCAGACCAUUGGCACUUGGCUUACCGCUUGGCCAGGAGUCCCUAUGUAGAGUAGUUAAUCUGUACAUAUGUGCUGGGGCGCUCCCUUUAAAGAGUAUGCUCUCUGCACGCAGCAUUCAAUGGCAGAUGAGCAUCGCCACCAUUUAUGGAAAAUAUAAGAUUAGUCUAAAUGUUGUAUCGUGUGGGGAAAGCUGAUGAGGGGGUGGCCGCUAUCCACAAGUAUUAAUAUGAACAAAGUGAUGACAACAUAUGUAUCAACCACCUCUUCACUGAAUCAGAAGUAAACUGCAUAGACAUGAUCACUAAGUCAAACGCGGCCAAAAAUGAAGCACUCAGCCUCACUACUCGCGCAUUUAUACUAUUGCUGGAGCUAAAACAUUGUCUCGCUCAUUUCUAAACUUGUACAUGGAAAUGUUUUGACUUUUUACUGAGUUUUAAUAGGAUGUACUCUGAAUAUGUAGUUUGUAGAACUUGUUAAUAAAGCCAUUUUGCACAGUUCAUUAAUAA